CGUUGCCGGAUGGCUGGCAGUUGUUAGGCUGAAGUAGUGAUAAAUUCGCCACCAGGUUUUCUUUCUUUCUUUAUUUCUUUCUUUCUUGUUCCCUGGCGAGGAUCUCCAGGAGAUGGCGGCUCUGCACCGGCACAAGGCCCUUUACAAGGGGACCACCCCGCCUUGGAAGGACGCGUACCGAAAGCGCUGUGUGGACCGGCUGAGGAGCAGCCGCUCCCGCUUGCUGGACAAGUACCGGGAGCUGGGGGAGGGCGCGAGGCGCCGCGGCCCCGGGGAGUCCAUCCUGGUGCAGGAGGUGAUGGAGGAGGAAUGGGAGGCGUUGCGGUCGGAGGACCGAGGGCUGGAUUCCCUGUGGGGGCCCAACGGCAUGCGAGAGAUGUUCAGUGCCAUGAAGGAGGAGUAUGAUGAGCUGGGGGUGCUUGAAGAAAUUCAACAGGAGCUCAUGUCUCAAGAGUUGUCCAUCAUCGACGAGUACGAGAGGAACCUGCUGUUUGAGGAGCAGUACAUAUCGUCCAUCGUUGAGCAGAUGGAGGAGGACGACAUGCAAAUUAUCUGCCCCAUAUGUCGCAUGAACAACCUGAACGUCAGCUGCCAUUUCAUAUCCUGCCCCUGUGGACUGUACAUCAACACAAGGCAACAGGGCAUCACCGCAGAGGUUCUGCGGGGUCUCCUGGAGUCCAGGGUCGCGGAGCACAUGGAGGACUGUCUCCAAAACCCCAUCUUCUCCAUAGCGGCCAAUCCAGACGGCUCACCCAACCUGAUGAUCAGCUGCAAGGUGUGCGACUACCUGUCCGUCAUCCUGUGAGAGCCGGGCGCUGCCGCUGGUGUCCGAGGUGCCUUGUAUUAUGUGUAUUUUGGUUGUAAAUAAAGUUACAGUUUUCC